CAGGCAGUUGUUUCUUUGACACACAGACGGAGUGAGAGGUAACAUGGCGUCGACAAGCCGCGGAGAGGCUCUGGCUCUUCCCAGAGUUCAGUGUCCCAGCCACCCUGAUGCCAUACUGGUGGAGGACUACAGAGCAGGCGACAUGAUUUGCCCUGAAUGUGGCCUUGUAGUAGGUGACCGUGUAAUCGAUGUGGGCUCAGAGUGGAGGACGUUUUCUAACGAGAAAGCCCUUAAAGAUCCAUCCAGAGUGGGAGACGCGCAGAACUCGCUGCUCAAUGGUGGAGACCUAACCACCAUGAUCAGCAAGGGAACAGGAGCGGCUAGUUUUGACGAGUUCGGAAACUCGAAGUACCAGAACCGGCGGACCAUGAGCAGCUCUGACCGGGCCAUGCUCAACGCUUUUAAAGAAAUCAGCACCAUGGCAGAUCGCAUCAACCUGCCAAGGAACAUCAUAGACAGAACAAACAACUUAUUCAAGCAAGUUUAUGAACAGAAGAGUCUGAAGGGCCGAGCCAACGACGCCAUCGCUUCGGCCUGUCUCUACAUCGCCUGCAGACAAGAAGGUGUACCAAGAACAUUUAAAGAGAUCUGCGCCGUCUCCCGGAUCUCCAAGAAGGAGAUCGGUAGAUGUUUCAAGCUGAUCCUGAAGGCGCUGGAGACCAGCGUGGACCUCAUCACCACGGGUGACUUCAUGUCCCGCUUCUGCUCAAACCUCGGCCUGCCCAAGCAGGUGCAGAUGGCGGCCACCUUCAUCGCCAGGAAGGCUGUGGAGCUGGACCUGGUGCCCGGCAGGAGCCCCAUCUCUGUGGCUGCAGCAGCCAUUUACAUGGCCUCCCAGGCCUCUGCAGAGAAGAAGACCCAGAAAGAAAUCGGAGAUAUUGCCGGCGUCGCAGACGUUACGAUCAGACAGUCGUACCGACUGAUCUACCCCCGAGCUGCAGAACUUUUCCCUCCAGACUUCAAAUUUGACACACCCGUCGACAAGCUGCCCCAGCUGUGAAGCAGAUACCGCCUAUACAGUCAUGGUAUAUUUUUUUUCCUUCUGUACUUACAGGAUUGUGCUCUUUGUUUUUUUUUUUCUUUUUUUUUUUAUCCUGUUUGUGUUGAAUUUGGAAGAUUUUUCUCGUCUCUCCUAAGACUUCAAGCCUUUAUCAAGGCGCUCUCACAGGAAUAAAACGGACACACAUUCCAGUGCUUAAAGAAACAGCCUGCAGACUGUACUUACAGUAUUUCAUUUGAGUGUAUAUACUGUACCAUGUAUAUAUGUCCAAGUGGGAAAGUGUAAUUGAUGCUUGCAAAUUUUAGGCUGGUUUCAUACUGUAUACAUAAAACGUUUUUGUAGAAAAAUGACCAGGUUCUAUUUUGUUAGUUUGUUUGAAUUGUUCUAAGUAAUUUAAAAAAAAUAAUAAAAGAUUUUCACUAAAGCAUGGUAGUCUGCUCGUGGUUUGGAUAACAUUAACAUUAAACACUGGUUUACAUACUUUCACCCACACACUCACAAGGUAAGAAAAGUGCACAAACUCUUUGUGAACAUGACAAAACUGCAGAUAAUGGUUUCCUGAAAAUUAAUUUCCAAAGGAAAAAAAAAAGGUAGAAUUCUAAAUACCCAAAGUAAACAUUAGGGUAAACUCACUAUUACAAAUGUUUAAUUUGUGCAUUCAUGAUAGGCAACAAACAAUGACUGCAAAAAAACAAAAAACAAAAAAACAAAACACGCCUUUUCUGUUUGUUUUUUUACACCGGGGUGAACAGCAACAGUUGUGGGGACUUGAGUAUUGGUGUACCAUCCAUAAAAAUUUCAUCUGUUCUGGCGACAACAUGCACAAGCAAAGAAUAAAAAAAAAACUUUGUACAAUCUAUUUUCAUCAUUAAGAAACGUAGAUAAUUAAAAACUAUUGAUAAAAUUAGUGCUUUCAGCUUAAUUGUGUACAUACAGUAUGUAUAUAUAAUAUACCCUGCCCUCUCCUGUAGUGAUUCAUAUCAACAGGUCUGCAACAUCUGAGUCAAUUUAUACUGAACAUGCAAACUGACAGAAAGUCAUCUGCUGGGUCCACGGCUCCAGCUUGAAAAAUGUCAAAAUCACACAACAGUGAGGGGAGAAAUAUAAAUGGCA